CGACGCACUUGACACCACACUCCUUUCUCUCCGUGAGCACGCUGCGGAGAUGCCUCCUCUCUCCUUCAGUGACCUGCUCCAGAUGCCAGUGGACUCGUCUCCCUUGCGUCUGCCACUGACGGAUCCUUCUGACCCAAUCUUGACCACACCCAUCACCUUCUCUUUGGGCAACACCCCGUUUCCCUCCAGCAUGGAGGAUCCCUGAUCCCAUCUGGAUUCUUGAGUGACGUGUUGUGUUACUCAGGAUGCUUGUGUUGCUAACCCAUCUUGGGGAUUCCCGACACGUUUACAUAACGACAAGAAUGCCCAGAAGGUACUCAAGAGCAGCAUGUCCAUCAUCCUUAGCGGGCUGCGCAACAAGGUCAAGGAUGUGCUUGCACAAUCCCUUGGUACCGUCGUUGCCAGCAACAAUGAUGCUCGCCGGCCGGAUGCACCAAAUGUAUUAGAACUGGCUACCGACAUCUUCGCAAAGCUCCAUGUCACUGGCAAUGUCGACAUCCGCUUCUGUGCCCGUGUUUCUAUUCUGCGUCACCAGACAAAGGAGGCUGCAGCACUUCCUGAGUCGGAGAGGAAGCCUGAAAGGUUCUGGGUCGACGUUGAUAAUACACUUACAGAGAUACACAAGCAGUUCAAGAAUUGUCCUCCUGAAGAGCAGUCCAAAUGGAUCAAGAAGUACAUGCUCGACGCGGACCUUGCCUUAUAUGGAACCCCACUUGACUUGCGCACUGUCAUGGCUACGGCACCUGCACCUGCCGCUCUGGAAACAGACAAUGAGCAGCUUUAGCAGCUGGAUCGAUUGGAAGAAUUGGG